AAGAAGUUAUUGUUACGCUUACUUGUUGCCCAGAAUAUUGUUAAGUGAAUGUCAAGAAUGAAGAGGAGCUGUUUUCACACCUCGUUCGAAUAAGGAACGAUGUGGAGCGAGGGCUCGGGAUCUCUGCCGGACCCGGACACACUCAUCCAGUUCCUGCUCACACCCAUGAACAAAUCAGGCAACGAAGAUUCCGCAGCUAGAAAAAAUGAGACACAGGCCAGCGCGCCGAUCGGCGAAGGCGACGACGGCGUUCAGCGACGCAUCUCGCGGCUUGAGCAGCGUUUGGACGCGAUGAGGUCGUCCUCACAGCUAUCGUCACAGUCGCAGCCACAGCCGCAGCCGCAGCCGCAGCCGCAGCCGCAGCCGCAGCCGCAGCCGUCGCAGCAGUCGCGGUCUCCGUCGCCGCCCGUGAAGGACGGAUCCAGGGAGAAGCGCGUGACGUUCGCAGUGAGCGCCAGCGAGAGGUCGACAUCAGACUCGGAGGCGAUGACGGCCGAGCUGCCGUCCGACCCGGAGAUCCUCGCCAUGCUCACGCCGCAGCAGUGCAAGCUAUGCAACGCCUACGCUCAGCGGUACCGCGAGGAGCAGCGCGAGCGUGUCAAGCAGGAGGUGACGGCGGCCACCCUAGGCCAGGCCCUCUGCGGCACCGAGGCCGAGCGGGACAAGCUCAAGUCGGGCCUGGCGCACAUCCAGAACGAGAUCCAGAGGAUGAAGGAGGAGACGGUACGCCUGGAGUCGACCCGCGAGAAGACGUCCCGAGAGCUGCGACGCUCAGAGGAGGACCGCAGCGAUCUGCAGCUGAAGCUGAAGGUCAUGUCGGAGUGUGUGCGGAAGCGGGACCUGGAGCUGUCGAUCCAGCGGCAGGCGCUGGACGACCGCGACCGGCGGCUCAAGGACGCUCAAAACGAGGGGCACGCGACGACCAAUAAGCUGAUGAUGGCCCAGGAGCAUCUCCACCACCUGAAGACGGACGGCACCAGCCAGGCGCAGAAGAUCAGCGAGCUCAAGGACCUAUUGGCCGAGAGGGAGAAGCAGCACAUGGCUGAGAUGAAGAAAAAGCAUUGCGCCGACAACCCGACCGUGCAGAAGCUGAUCUCCAAGGCGGUGGAGGAGGCGCGCGCCGCCUGUCAGAAGGAGGCGGCAGCCGUCCGCGCCAAGGCCGACAAGGAGGCGAACGGCCUGCGCAAAGAUAGCGAGAGGAUGACGGCCGCGCUGGCCAAGUUCAAGGAACGGUUCACCGAGCUGGCCGACGAAAAGUCGGCGCUGGCCGAGCAGCAGGACAAGCAGAAGCGCCAGCUGAGUGAGGCGCUGGCCACCUCCAAACAGAAGGAGCAGAAGGUCACCGAGCUCAGCCAGACGCUGAAGACGGUGCGGCAGGAGAUCGAGAAGCUGGAGGCGCAGCGGAAGAACGACCAGACGACACACAGCGCCGCCGUCGCCUUCCUGGAGAACAAGGUCAAACAGCUGGAGGCAGCGCAGCAGAAACAGGCGCAGGAAAAGGCUGAGAUGGGCGGCGUGAAGAAGAAGCUGGAGGAGACGGAGAAGCGGUGCUCGGAGGAGGCCACGCUACGCCGCGCCGGCGACGCCCGGCUCUCGGUGCUGAAGCAGCAGCUGGAGGAGAUGACGGCCGAGCACACCACCGGCGUGGAGACGGAACGGCGCCGCUGUCACCGGCUGCAGGUGGAGCUGGACCGGCUGUCUGAGAAUAAGGCGCAGCUCAUCAGCCGCCUGGAGCACGCCGAACGCGAGCUCGACCGCUGCGCCAAGAAGAACGAGGGCUGGUCCAAGCUCUGGGAGGAGAAGGUCGACCUCAUCCGCAAGCUGGAGACCCAGGUGAAGAUGGGAAGGUCCAUGAACGACGACAAGGUGGCGAACCUGCGACAGGAGCGCGACCGGGCCAUGGACCUGGCCAAGCAGGCCGCCAGGAAGCUGCAGACGCUGGACUCCGAGUAUCAGGCCAAGAUGGACGAGAUGCACGGCCUGUUCGAGGCACAGCUGGACGGCAUGCGCGCCUCCAAGGACCACGAGCUUCAGAAGAGCGCCGAACGGGUGCGCGAGAUCGAGGCCAUGCUGCGCGAGGUGUCGGCGGAGACUGCUGCCAGCCGAUCCUCGCUCGAGGACAAGAUGCGACGCAUCAACCUCAUCACAAAGUCGUUCGAGGCGUGACGCGCCGGCCGUGCCGUGCAGCGACAAAAUCGUGCAGUGUCGUGCCGUCAGGUCUGUCCCCUCCGCCGCUCUCACACCGACACACCGGUCGCCCCCGUCCCGCCGCGCCCUGCUCACAAAGCCGAGGUACACGCAGGGCAGGCAAAUAAAUCACUGGUGUCUGA